AACUUGUUCUCCAAACAAACCAAGGGUGAGAUUGAUCGAUUGUUUAUUAUUCUGACAGAAAGAAACCCUAAUUUUGUAAUUCAUGUCGAUGGAAGUUACAAGUACCUAUUGAUUGAUUAAUCCAGGGAAUCGGCAUUGAAAAUGAAGCAAUUAGGCAUCAUCAUCAUGAAUUCAGGAUUCCAAUGGAAAAGCAUUAACACAUACGGUGUGUUGUCGAAACAGAGGAGAUAUCUCUCCCAGAUCGUAAACCCUAACGGCAUACGUGUCUGUCUCGUUGACACAUUGGCUUUGGUAAGGAGUUUAGAAGCGCAAGGAGUCCCUUCCAAACAGGCGGAAGCAAUAACAUCUGCCAUUACCGAGGUUCUUAAUGACAGUUUAGAAAAUGUGUCUCAUACAUUUGUCUCCAAAGCUGACAUGCAAAAAACAGUGAUGCUUCAAGAAGCACAUCUCUCCAAGUUUAAAUCUCAAGUACAAAGUUCCCAGGAGCAUCACUUCUCGAUGUUGCAACGUGAAACUGAAAAACUGCGGACUGAUAUAGAAAAAAUGCGCAGUGAACUACGAUAUGAGAUCGACAAGGUGACUGCAGGUCAACGUUUGGAUUUAAAUCUUGAAAGAGGGCGUAUUCGUGAUGAGCUCGCCAAUCAGAGUGCUGAAACAGCUAACCUCACUAACAAGCUUGAUCGGGAAAUUCAUGGAUUAAGAGCCCAAUUAGAAGCAGCAAAGUAUGAUGUCAUCAAGUAUUGCAUAGGAACCCUGAUAUCCAUAUCUGCGGUUGGUCUUGCUGUCAUUCGUAUUUUGGUGUAGCCAGUUAUUUGUUAUCUUUUGAACAGGGGUACCCUUGCUUUCUAAAACGGACUUAAUUGAUAGUUUAGAUUACCCGAUUCUUAAAAUGUAUGCUUAUGGAACCAGAUAUUCUUUCGUAAAGCAUUAUAUUGUCAUGACAUUUUUGUACAAA